UUUCCUGCCUGGACACUUAUUUGUAACUCAUCCUUUGUAUCUCUGUAUCCUCAUUUCCUACCAAUAGUGCCUGGCACAGAGUAGCCCUGCAGAGGGUGGCUAAUCGAUACAGUAACGUUUGAUAAGUUAUUUGCAGCCGCUUCCUGCGCAGUGGAACGACCCAGCCAAGUCUCCUCACACCGAAGGCUGUAGUUUGAAUUACAACACUCAGUUAUCAACAACACUGUGAGGGUCUGCGGGGUUCCUGGGCCACGCCGGCUUCGGGGAGCACCCAUCAGGGGUUGUUUGCGACGCCGCUGCUGCUUCCAGCUACUCCUCCCUUGGCCAAAGCCGACUGGCUACGUGGAAGAUGACCUUGCCCAGGGCUGAAGGCAGCCGGCCCCUCCAGCUCGCUUUCAGUCCUCCGCAAUCCCAUGCUCCCAUGCGCCAAGGACACGUCCGGUAGCUUCGCAGGGCCCUUCUAUGCCACCGCGGCGCCUCUCUAUGAUUCGCUGCCGCUUUCAGGGUGGGUGUCAUGGCGGCCGGCGUCGAGUUGGCAGGACUUGCCCACGGAACUGAGGAAAGUCUCUAAAGCAGAAGAAGAAGUGGCCCAACCUGGACGGUGGGAAGUCGUGGGAAUGAGCGGAAGGCCCUGUGUGGGUGACUGUAUCACUAGAGGCGGGCCCCUGGUAAAAUUCCAGCCCAGGCCUCUGCGUUCCUAGGCAGAGCCCGGCUGUUUGGAGACCCCCGAGCCGGCGUUGCCUAGGAACCUCGCUUUGUGCUGUCACAUCCAGAGUGUUUCGGAAUAGUCUCACGAAGACUGCGGUUAGAGGACAUUUGGCGGGAUCGUCCGACGGCGCUGGACGCUUUUCUCAGAGCGGACCUGGUCGUUCUCUAAACCCGCAGCGAUGUCGUCCUGGCUUGGGGGCCUUGGCUCCGGCUUGGGCCAGUCUCUGGGGCAAGUUGGGGGUAGCCUGGCUUCCCUCACUGGCCAGAUUUCAAACUUUACAAAGGAUAUGCUCAUGGAGGGCACGGAGGAAGUGGAAGCAGAAUUUCCUAAUUCGAGGACAAAGGAAAUUGAAGCUAUUCAUACUGUCUUGAGAUCAGAGAAUGAAAGACUUAAGAAACUUUGUACUGAUCUAGAAGAGAAGCAUGAAGCAUCAGAGCUUCAAAUAAAGCAGCAAUCUACAAGUUACCGAAAUCAACUACAACAGAAAGAGGUAGAAAUCAGCCAUCUUAAAGCAAGACAGAUUGCGCUACAGGAACAAUUUCUGAAAUUGCAGUCAGCUGCUCAGUCAACACACACAGAAGCUGGUAGUGUACCAGCAACCACUGCAUCUUCUUCAUUUGGUUAUGGGCUCAGUCAUGCUUCAACUUUCCAUGAUGAUGGCAUGGACUUUGGUGACAUAAUUUCAUCACAACAAGAAAUAAACAGAUUAUCAAAUGAAGUUUCAAGACUAGAGUCUGAAGUUGGCCAUUGGAGGCAUAUUGCUCAGACUUCUAAAGCACAAGGAACACAUAGCUCUGAUCAAAGUGAAAUCUGUAAACUACAAAAUAUCAUUAAGGAACUUAAACAGAACCGAAGUCAAGAAAUUGAUGACCAUCAACAUGAAAUGUCAGUAUUGCAGAAUGCACAUCAACAGAAAUUGACAGAAAUAACUCGUCGGCAUCGAGAGGAAUUAAGUGACUAUGAGGAACGAAUUGAAGAACUUGAAAAUCUGUUACAGCAAGGUGGCUCUGGAGUUGUAGAAACUGAUCACUCUAAAAUCCAGGAGAUGCAAAAAAAUAUUCAAGUUCUACAAACUGAAAAAGUAGAGUCUACAAAAAAAAUUGAAGAACUUGAGGAUCAAAUAAAAGACAUAAAUAAAAAAUUAUCUUCUGUAGAAAAUGACAGAGAUGUUUUGAGAAGAGAACAAGAACAGCUAAAUGUGGAAAAGAGACAAAUAAUUGAAGAAUGUGAAAGCUUGAAAUUGGAAUGUAGUAAAUUGCAGCAAAAUGAUACUGUGACAGAAAAGGAAAGGAUUCUUCCACAGAGCACAUCAGUGGAAGAAGUGUUCAGACUACGGCAAGCACUGUCUGAUGCAGAAAAUGAAAUAAUGAGACUGAGUAGUUUAAACCAGGAAGAACUUCAGAUAUCACUUUUAAAAUUGAACAAUGAAUAUGAAGUAAUCAAAAGUACAGCUACAAGAGACAUGAGUUUGGAUUCAGAAUUACAUGACCUAAGACUUAAUUUGGAGGCAAAGGAACAAGAACUUAAUCAGAGUAUUAAUGAAAAGGAAAUACUGGUAGCUGAGUUAGAAGAAUUGGACAAACAGAACCAAGCAGCUACAAAGCACAUGAUUUUGAUAAAAGAUCAGCUAUCAAAACAACGAAAUGAAGGAGAUAGCAUCAUCAGUAAACUGAAACAAGAUCUAGAUGAUGAAAAAAAGAGAGUUCAUCAACUUGAAGAUGAUAAAAUGAACAUUACUAAGGAGUUAGAUGUGCAGAAAGAUAAGUUAAUUCAAAGUGAACUAGUCCUAAAUGAAUUACAUUUAACCAAGCAGAAGCUUGAGGAUAAAGUAGAAGAUUUAGUAGAUCAGCUAAAUAAAUCACAAAAAAAUAAUUUAAACACCCAGAAGGAGAACUUUGAACUGAAGGAACAUAUUAGACAAAAUGAGGAGGAGCUUUCUAGAGUCAGAAAUGAGUUAACUCAGUCUCUUAAUCAAGACUCUAGCAGUAAUUGUAAGGAUAACAUACUUAAAGAAAGAGAAGCAGAAGUUAGAAACUUAAAGCAAAAUCUUUCAGAACUAGAACAGCUCAAUGAAAAUUUAAAGAAAGUUGCUUUUGAUCUCAAAAUGGAAAAUGAAAAGUUGGUUUUAGCAUGUGAAGACGUAAGGCAUCAGUUGGAAGAAACUGUUGCUGAUAACAAUCAGAUUUCUCUGGAAAAAAAUACUAUGGUGGAGACUCUAAAACUGGAAAAAGGACAGAUAGAAGCAGAGUUGUGUCGAGCUGAAAAGAGACUGUUGGAAGAAGCAAACAAGUAUAAGCAAACCAUUGAAGAACUGUCAAAUGCACGUAAUUUGAAUAGCUCUGCCUUACAGCAGGAACAUGAACGUCUAAUUAAACUCAAUCGAGAGAAAGACUUUGAAAUAGAUGAACUCAAAAAGAAUAUUGAGCAAAUGGAUACCAAUAAUAAAGAAACUAAGGAAAUUUUAUCAUCUAGUUUAGAAGAGCAGAAGCAAUUGACACAGCUUAUACAUGAGAAAGAAAUUUUGAUUGAAAAACUUGAAGAAAGAAGUUCAGAACUGCAAGGAGAAUUAGUUAAAUAUUCUGAGGCCUUAAGAAAAAAUGAAAUUUUGAGGCAGACCAUAGAGGAGAAGGAUAGAAGUCUUGGAUCCAUGAAAGAAGAAAAUAAUCAUCUACAAGAAGAACUGGAACGACUCAGGGAACAGCAGAGUCGAGCCAUUCCUGUGGCUGAGCCUAAAACCCUUGAUAGUAUCACUGGACUAGAAUCUGAGGUAACUCAACUGAAUAUAAUCAAGGAUCAUCUUGAAGAAGAAAUUAAACAUUACCAAAAAAUAAUUGAAGAUCAAAACCAGAGUAAAAUACAACUACUUCAGUCUUUACAGGAGCAGAAGAAGGAAAUGGAUGAGUUUAGAUACCAGCAUGAGCAGAUGAAUGUUACCCACACCCAGCUCUUUUUAGAGAAAGAUGAGGAAAUUAAGAAUUUGCAAAAAACAAUUGAACAAAUCAAAACCCAGUUGCAUGAAGAAAGACAGGACAUUCAAACAGAGAAUUCUGAUAUUUUUCAAGAAACAAAAGUUCAGAGCCUUAAUAUAGAGAAUGGAAGUGAAAAGCAUGAUUUAUCUAAAGCUGAAACUGAAAAGUUAGUAAAAGGAAUAAAAGAACGAGAACUAGAGAUUAAACUUCUAAAUGAAAAGAAUGUAUCUUUAACUAAACAGAUUGAUCAGUUGUCCAAAGAUGAGGUUGGUAAACUAACUCAGAUUAUCCAGCAAAAAGAUUUGGAGAUACAAGCUCUUCAUGCUAGAAUUUCUUCAGCUUCAUAUACCCAGGAUAUUGUUUAUCUUCAACAGCAACUGCAGGCCUAUGCUAUGGAAAGAGAAAAAGUGUUAGCUGUUUUGAGUGAUAAGACAAGGGAAAAUAGCCAUCUAAAGACAGAAUAUCACAAAAUGAUGGAUAUAGUUGCUGCCAAAGAAGCAGCCCUCAUUAAGCUGCAAGAUGAAAAUAAAAAAUUGUCCACUAGAUUUGAAAGCAGUAGCCAAGAUAUGUUUAGAGAAACUGUUCAGAAUUUAUCACGUAUCAUUCGAGAAAAAGACAUUGAAAUAGAUGCAUUAAGUCAGAAAUGUCAGACUUUACUGGCAGUUUUACAAACAUCUAGCUCUGGUACUGAGGUUGGAGGUGUCAACAGUAAUCAGUUUGAGGAGCUCCUGCAGGAACGUGAUAAAUUAAAACAGCAAGUAAAGAAAAUGGAAGAAUGGAAACAGCAGGUUAUGACCACAGUACAAAAUAUGCAACAUGAGUCAGCCCAACUUCAAGAAGAACUUCAUCAACUUCAGGCACAAGUUUUGGUUGAGAGUGAUAAUAAUUCUAAAUUACAAGUGGACUAUACUGGCCUGAUCCAAAGUUAUGAGCAGAAUGAAACCAAACUAAAAAAUUUUGGGCAAGAAUUAGCACAAGUUCAACACAGCAUAGGGCAGCUUUGUAAUACCAAGGAUCUUCUUUUAGGAAAACUUGAUAUUAUUUCACCCCAGCUCUCUUCUGGAUCAUCGCUUACUCCCCAGUCAGCAGAGUCUCUUAGAGCAAGUGAGUCUGAUGUACCGAGUGAGUCUUCUCAGUUUCUUCAGCAAGAGAUAGAAGAGCUAAGAAAAUCACUGCAAGAAAAAGAUGCGACAAUUAGAACUCUUCAGGAAAAUAAUCACAGAUUGUCUGACUCGAUUGCUGCCAGCUCAGAGCUGGAAAGAAAAAAAUAUGAACAAACUGAUUCAGAAAUUAAGGAGCUCAAGGAGAAACAAGAUAUUUUACAAAAAUCACUUAAGGAAAAAGACCUCUUAAUCAAAGCCAAAAGUGAUCAGUUACUUUUUUCAAAUGAAAAUUUCACUAACAAAGUUAAUGAAAACGAACUUUUGAGGCAGGCAGUAACAAACUUGAAAGAGAGAAUAUUAAUUUUAGAAAUGGACAUUAGUAAACUAAAGGGGGAGAAUGAAAAAAUAGUAGAAACAUCCAAGGGAAAGGAAACAGAAUAUCAAGCAUUACAAGAGACUAAUAUGAAAUUUUCUAUGAUGCUUCGAGAAAGAGAGUUUGAGUGUCAUUCAAUGAAGGAGAAGGCUCUUGCUUUUGAGCAACUAUUGAAAGAAAAAGAACAGGGCAAGACUGGGGAGUUGAAUCAGCUUUUAAAUGCAGUUAAAUCAAUGCAGGAGAAGACAGUUACAUUUCAACAGGAGAGAGACCAAGUCAUGUUGUCCCUGAAACAGAAACAAAUGGAAAACAGUGCCCUACAGAAUGAGGUUCAACGUUUACGGGACAAAGAAUUUCGGUUAAACCAGGAACUAGAGAGAUUGCGUAAUCAUCUUUUAGAAUCAGAAGAUUCUUAUACUCGUGAAGUUUUGGCUGCAGAAGAUAGAGAGGCUAAACUAAGAAAGAAAGUCACAGUAUUGGAGGAAAAGCUAGUUUCAUCCUCUAAUGCAAUGGAAAAUGCAAGCCAUCAAGCCAAUGUGCAGGUAGAGUCUUUGCAAGAACAAUUGAAUAUAGUCUCCAAGCAAAGGGAUGAAAUUGCAGUGCAGCUUUCUGUCUCUCAGGAACAAUUAAAGCAGUAUGCCCUGUCACUAGCCAACCUGCAGAUGGUACUAGAGCAUUUCCAACAAGAGGAAAAAGCCAUGUAUUCUGCUGAACUAGAAAAGCAAAAACAGCUUAUAGCUGAAUGGAAGAAAAAGGCAGAAAAUUUGGAAGGAAAAGUUAUAUCGUUACAGGAACGUUUGGACGAAGCAAAUGCUGCACUGGAUUCAGCAUCACGACUUACAGAACAGUUAGAUCUAAAGGAAGAACAAAUUGAAGAACUUAGAAAACAAAAUGAGCUCCGACAAGAAAUGCUGGAUGAUGUACAAAAGAAAUUGAUGAACUUAGUAAACAGCACAGAAGGAAAAGUGGACAAAGUCCUAAUGAGAAACCUCUUCAUUGGACAUUUUCACACACCAAAAAAUCAGCGUCAUGAAGUGUUACGAUUAAUGGGAAGCAUCCUGGGUGUCAAAAGGGAAGAAAUGGAGCAGUUGUUUAAUGAAGAUCGGGGCGGUGUUACCAGGUGGAUGACUGGGUGGCUUGGAGGAGGAUCAAAAAGUGUCCCCAACACACCUUUGAGACCAAAUCAGCAGUCUGUGUUUAAUAGUUCUUUUUCAGAACUUUUUGUUAAAUUUCUGGAAACAGAAUCUCAUCCAUCUGUUCCACCACUAAAGCUUUCUGUUCAUGAUAUGAAACCUCUAGAUUCACCAGGAAGGAGAAAACUGGAUACAAAUGUGCCAGAAAGUUUUAAAGAUACAACGGAAUCCAGGUCUGGUAGAAGAGCAGAUGUAAAUCCAUUCCUGGCUCCCCGCUCUGCAGCUGUGCCUCUUAUUAACCCAGCUGGACUUGGACCUGGUGGGCCUGGGCAUCUUCUUUUGAAACCCAUCUCAGAUGUUUUGCCCACGUUUACACCUUUGCCAGUGUCCCCUGACAACAGCGCUGGAGUUGUGUUGAAAGACCUUUUAAAGCAAUAGAUGAUUCUCACGCCGAAGAGAUAGCACUUUAAAGAAACCAUGAACACUAUGUGUAUGUACUUUAUCACAAAGUGGCCUUUUGGAAAAAGUCGUGUAUUUGUUUGCAGCUAUACUUUCUCUGAAUUUAAUAAAAAUAUUCUUAAUGCUUUUAGAAAUUACAGGUGUCAGAGGAGCAAGUGUUUGCUGUAUAAUCUGCUUUUUUCUUACUGAUUUGACCUAAUUUAAGUUAGGAACAUUUGAUUUAUCUUUUAUCCUAAUUUGCAAAAAUAAAGACAGACAAAAGUACUAGUAGCUAUAUAUCAGCUUUUUAUUUCUUUCUGUGAUUUUCAAGCUCAUUUAAGCUAGAGACAUGCGGUUUAUCUUUUAAAGGUAAUCAAGAGUUUUUAUCGAAGAAAAAAAUACUAGUGGUAACUUUUCUGCAUUAUGCAGAAAAUCAAUCUGAAACAUAUAUUAAUCUUUAGAGAGCUUUGUAUAGACAGGCCAAGAACAAGAUUGUCCCUGGGAGGUCACAGGUGCCUUGAGAUGAAAUGUGUGUUUGGUUCUAUGCAGUGUUCUCACAUGCGCAGGUCCCUGUGGACACCACCUCCAUCCAGAUGCAGAGCGCUUCCAUCACAAGGGUCCUGCGUGCUGCCCUUUUAUGAUCGUAACCACCUCUCUCCCUGCCCCUUGCCUUAAUCUCUGGCAACCAUUAGCUAUUCUCCAUCUCUAUAAUUUUGUUAUUUUGAGAAUGCUAUAUAAAUAGAAUCAUAUAGCACAUAAUAUCUUGAAAUUGGCUUUUUUUCACGCAGCAUGAUUCUCUUGAGAUCCAUGCAAGUUGUUACAUUUGUCAAUAGUUUGUUCCUUCUUAUUGUUGAAUAUAUAUAUAGUACAAAUAUAUAAUUUAGUUUUAAGAGUGAAGGUAUCUGUUUAAAGAUACCAUCUUAAAACUAAAUGUUUCCUCACUCAAAUACAACUUUCAUAUACGUGUUAAAUCGUGCAGCCAGUGCACCUACAUAACUAUAAUUAGCAAUAUCAGUACACAUGCCACCUCCUGCCUCUGUCUGAGGUGUUGAUACUUGGUACAGCAGUCCUGGAGUCGUCUGUCCCCAUUAUGGUGGUCACUGAGGGCAGUGAAAUCACUUUGACAGUGAUAGCACCAGGUUUUUGAAACUUAAGAGUAAGAUAGUAUUUCUUAAUGUUUUAUAAACCUGUCAUAUAUAAUAAAUCCUGACUUGAAACUUAAUUGUAUGAGGAUGCUCAUAUUUGUAUUAGUUGGUUGAAGUUGUACAUUUAAAAAGGUAAUUCUUGCAAAUUUUGUAUAUUUCGAUAUGCCUUUAAAAUGGAAACAUUUGUAUAACAAGGAAAGGUGAAAAUGAGACUAAUCCGAAUAUGUAAAUAGGCCUGGCUCAGCCCAGAGCUAAAAUUUGGUUGUUAGUUUGGCUGUAAUUAACUGUAUACUUUCUAAUGUUUGGAAGACUGGAAUCUUAAUUAUGUGUUGAUGGGUAAAACUUGUUUUUCUGAAAAAUUAAGUAACUGAGAAUGCUGCUUCAGAAUGUCACCUGUCUCUUUAGCUAACUUAUUUAUAUUGCCAUUCUUUAUUAGUAUACUUUAAAGGAAGUUGUCAUACAAGUUCUAUAUUAGAACUGUCAAACUGCCUCCUCUCAGUUUUGUCCAUUAUAAUUUCUUUAUGACAUUAUUACUCUUAGGUUUUUAUAUGCUCCUUACAAAGAUACUGUCACUGACUAUCCUAAAUUACUUGCUGCUUGCCAUUGAAGUUUCAUUUCAGCAACUGAAAUACUGGUUUCGAAGUUAGAAAAAAAAAGACAUGGUCCUUUAUUUUGAAGAAAUAGAACAUGCAAAAAGUUUUUUAAUUUGAAAAGAAGAUACAUGGUGGGUAAAAUUUAAGUAGUAUGUCAUCAUAUUUGAAAUGCCUUUUAUGACAUUUUUGAGUAUUUUCUUCCCUGACUAAAACAGUCUGUUCCUCACACCAUAGUCUACCAUAAGUUUAAAAGCUGUUGUGGGUGGGUUGCAUAGCUGAGCAUCACAGAGCAUGAUGAUAGUACAUGGCUGCUAUUUAAAUAAGUAUGUGACCUUGUCCUAAAGCUAUAGUACCUCAUGUUUUCAAUGUAUUAUUGAAACUAUAGCAGACUGGUAUACAGACUAAGUGUUUGUUGAUCUAAACCAGACAUAACUCAUUGACUUUUCUGAAACUAAGUUGUGUCAGAGAUGAACCAUCUGCUCAAGGAAUCUUCUCAGUAACCAGACAGUGAUGAAGCAUAUAAUUCUAAUGUUAGCAAUAGGACAUUGCUUAGUACAUUUAACUGCAGUAUUUUAACUACAGUAAUUUUUCUGUUUAUUUCUCUGCCUGCUUGGUAGAAUUUGUGAUUGAAUUCCACCGUAGCCACCACAGUUUUUCACCACAUUCCUAAUGGUUUUCAACCUCUGUACUAUAGUAGAAAAUUCAUCUAGCCAUUGAAUACAAUUUUAGUACAAUACCAGAUCAUAGUGUUGAGUUUUAGUUCCUGCCAUUCUUGAUUAAAAAAUAAAAAGGUACUUUCCAUUACCUGAGGGGAAAAAAGAAAAGAAAAACAAAAACAAAAAAAAAAAAGGAAAGUGAGAAAAAACCAAACUAAACAAUAGUGGCUUUCUUGCAGUUAGCCAAUUAAAACAUUUAAUAUUCCCCCCAUAAAGCCUUCAGUUUCUUUCAACCUUCUAAUGGUUAAUUGAAAGGAGUAAAAAGACUAUCAAAAUACUUAUUGAAGUAAUAGGUGGGGGGAAAAAGCUAUGUCUUCAGGGACAGGAGAGUGAUGAGAAAUUAUUUAGAAAAUGUUAUGCAUUAAAUUUAAAUGCAUUUGGAUUUGAUUUUUAAAGCUAAUGAAGUUUUUCACAUAUCAAAGUAAAACAUCUUCCAUCAACAAAAAUUUAUCUUUAAUUUUGUAGAUAUCAAGUAAGUAUAGGUGAUAUUUAUUUUAUAUAUUCCUAUGGAAAAAAUGAUACUUUUAAUGUUCUGACAUUUGUGAUUACUUGCCAGUCUUUACUUUUUAACUUAUUACGGUUUCUCUGUUUAAAAAUGAUAAAUUAUCUUUUGAUUUUUAGGGAAAUAUCUAAAUAUGGGAAAUUUCCAACCCAACCUUAAUAUUAGGUUGUGUUUUGUAGAGCUAAAGUUAACGCAUUUUUGAAUUUCUCAGGAGCACUACAAGGCAAAAAAUACUCCAAAUAAAAAUGAUAUAUGUAAGUUGGCAAUGUCUUCAUCCACAAUAAAAAAAAAUUUUUUUUAGCAAACA